AUGUCGCAGCAGAUCUCAGUGUCGGCAUUCCUCAUUUCCCGCAUCCAAGAGCUUGGAGUCCAGCAUGUCUUUGGCAUCCCAGGAGACUAUGUGUUGCCCUUUUUCGACGAGUUGAUCAAGGAAGGAAGCCCAGUGAAGCAGAUCGGCACCUGCAACGAGCUGAAUGCGGCCUACCUCGCAGAUGGGUACAGCCGCGUGAAAGGCUUCGGAGUUGCAGCUGUGACUUACGGACCCGGUGCUUUCAAUGCAGUCAAUGCCGUGGCAGGGGCUUUUGAUGCUCACGUCCCUCUGCUGUUGGUGUCGGGGGCACCGCAGACAGAAAGAUAUCGAGAGGGCAAGAAGCUACUUCUGCAUCAUGCAGUCGGAAGUGAUUUGAAUGCUACUAUCCGUGUGUUCACACCAAUCACCGCUGCCGCGGCGCGUAUUGAAACAGCAGAGGAGGCCAUUCCCACUGUUGACCGGCUGCUACGGGUUGCCCUUGAUCAGCAAAGGCCAGUCUACCUGGAGAUCCCUUUCGACAUGCAGAGGGCAGAAGUCGAAGUGCCAGGCCGCUUGAACUACCAACCACCGAGCAGCGACGAGCAAGCCCUUCGUAAGGUGGUGGAACAGGUGGCCCAUGCUGUGAACAGUGCAGGAAAGGUGGGGGUGUUGGUUGGGGUGUUCGUCGACCGGGAUGGCCUUCAACAAGUCGUGGAGGAUAUGCUGACCGCGAGCAGGCUUCCGUUUGCUACGACGUUUGACCAGAAGGCUGGCCACCUAGAGCACCUGCCGAACUGUGUAGGCUUCUACCAAGGAGGCGUCACUCCACAGCCGGUGCUGGAUGCCACGGAAGGUGCCGACAUUCUCUUGACUCUCGGUAUGCCACGGACCGAGUUCAACUUGGGCUUUCUUACACAUGACUUCAAGGAGGAGCGUAUGAUUGAACUCGGCCAUGAUACGGCCAAUGUGAUGGGUGAGGAGGUACACGGUGUCUACUUGCGCCACCUCGUGCCACUGUUGGCCCAGAAAAUCAGCCCUCGUGCAGAAGAAGUGUUCGAGGACACUUUUCCGUUUACUUACACAAAGCAGAGGGAGGUUCCGGAGAACCGUCCGCUGACCGUAGACUUCAUGUACCCCCAGCUGGCUCAUUUUGUCCAGGAGGGCGACAUCGUCACGGGCAACACAGGGGGUUACAUCAACAUGUCAAGAAUGCGCUUGAAGAAAGGUAACACCACUGUCGGUCCCACCAACUGGGCCUCUCUGGGGAGCGUUUUCCCAAUUUCCAUCGGCAUGGCGUUUGCCGCACCCGAACGUCGCAUUGUGUGCCUUGAUGGUGAUGGAUCCUUCCAAAUGACAGGUUCGGAGCUCUGCACACUGCUGCGGCACAACCUGAACUUCCUCCUGAUCAUUCUGAACAAUGCGGGUUACACGGCAGAGCGUGCCAUCCAUCCUGACCGGGACGACUCUUACAAUGACAUCCAAGUGUGGAACUACCACUUGUUGCCCCAGGCAUUGGGUGGUCGGCCCGAUUCGAACGGUGUGGAUGCCCACACGGAAGCUCAGUUCGUCGAUGCCCUGUCGUCAUAUCGUGGAAAGGGCCUGCAGGUGGUGAAUGCAAGGCUGGACAAAAAUGACAUGCCAAGCUUUUUCAUCGAGAUGAGUGACAUGCUAAAGCACUGA